AUGCUGCAAUGCACGGAAGCGAUGCUAAACAACAAUGGCGGUCGUGCAACUUCAUGGCUGGCCACCGCCGUGAAACGACCCAGAAGAAGAAGACAAAGACAAGGAAAUGCCAGAUUAAAAACAAGACAGACAUGCGACAACGGGAUUUAUUUUCAAUGCUGAAUUAAGCGGUGUUCUGGUGACUUCCUUCUGGAGAAAAACACCUCCACGAGAUAUGUCAUCUGAGGAUGGUGGAGAUGGUAAAAACGGUGAACCUGUGGCCGUGGCGCCUGAAAGAAUGACUACUGUGAAAGGCAAUGACAACCAGCAUACAAUCAAGGCAACGGGCGGGAACACAGACACCAGUACGACCGCCAAAAACCUGGCUCUGCUCAAAAAGCACUCACUGGAUGUGAAGUUUGAUGUGGGCGAGGAGUAUGACGUAAUUGAAACCAUUGGUACCGGGGCUUAUGGCGUUGUGUCGUCUGCCAGGAGACGAGACAAUGGCCAGCAGGUGGCGAUAAAGAAGAUCUCCAAUGCCUUUGAAGUGGUGACCAACGCCAAGCGCACCUUAAGGGAACUGAAAAUUCUCAAGCACUUCAAACAUGACAACAUCAUCGCUAUCAAAGACAUCCUGCAGCCGAACCUUCCUCACUCUGCCUUCAAGUCUGUGUAUGUGGUGCUGGACCUCAUGGAGAGUGACUUGCACCAGAUCAUCCACUCUACCCAAACGCUUACAUCAGAGCACACCCGCUACUUCCUGUACCAGCUUCUCCGUGGCCUUAAGUACGUGCACUCAGCCAACGUCAUCCACCGUGACCUUAAGCCCUCCAACCUACUUGUGAAUGAGAACUGCGAGCUGAAAAUCGGCGACUUUGGCAUGGCUCGGGGUCUCAGCUCGCACCCGGAGGAGUCCCACUCUUUCAUGACUGAAUACGUGGCGACCCGAUGGUACCGCGCUCCCGAGCUGCUGCUGUCUCUGAAUCACUACAGCUUGGCGAUCGACAUGUGGUCUGUAGGCUGCAUCUUUGCCGAAAUGUUGGGGCGGAAGCAGCUUUUUCCAGGAAAGCACUAUGUCCACCAGCUUCAGCUCAUUCUGUCCGUGCUGGGAACCCCUCCAGAGGGGCUAAUUGGUGCUAUUAGAGCUGACAGGGUCCGCUCAUACGUUCAGAGUCUUCCAUCUCAAUCCGGUGUGCCCUUCGCCAAAGUCUACCCCCAAGCUGAGGCCGAGGCUUUGGACCUGCUGGCGUCCAUGCUGCGCUUUGACCCACGUGGGCGCAUCAGCGUGACUCAAGCGCUGGAACAUCCUUACCUCGCGAAGUACCACGAUCCCGACGACGAGCCUAUAUGUGUGCCAGCUUUUGAUUUUGAGUUUGACAAGCUUCCGAUGAGCAAGGAGCAAAUAAAGGAGGAAAUCCUGAUAGAGAUCCAAGACUUUCAUAGGAACAAGCAGGCCUCUCGCCAAAGGCUCCAGUUCAAGCCCUUGGCGAGGGCCAACGGAGGAGGAGGAACUGCAGCCCCGGAUAACGGCAACCAAUGUGUCUCCCCAAGCUUGGCAGAGUCCACGCAAGGUCCGAUAGAUGUUGGACAAGCCUCACACGUCCAGCAAAUGAGAGACGCAGAUUCCUCACAGCAAAAAGAACCAACCGAGCCAAACUGUACGUUCACACACCAAAUGCACACCUCUAACAAAGACGCCCUCAAUUUACCGUGCCUCACUAAAAGCGAAAGCGGCCCGGUUGAUGUGGACAUGCCCAGCGCCAGUUCGGACAACGGCCAGCCGGAGACCAUAGAUCUAACCACACCUGUGUCCGGUCACGAUGGGGAACCAAUGUCGGACAACGUGGUCCCCAGUCAAAGUCCUCGGUCUCAGCCGGGCCAGAACCAGCCCCCUUCCUCCAUGACGCCUUCUCUGUCGCUGUCAGUGGCCCAAGUCCAAUCACUGUCUCACAACCUCUCACAAUCCCUGGCAAAAAAACAGAGGCCACUGCAAGGCACCGGAGAUGGGACCAGAAAAGAAGGGGCCAUAUCGGAAGACACCAAAGCAGCUCUUAAAGCUGCUUUAUUCCGAAAUAAAGCCAGGGGAGAUGGCGGCGCGUCCACUCUGGGUACCGAUGCGGCCGCCACAGGAGGAGGAGCGUCCUCAUCUCUUUCUAAUUUGGACUUGCGCCGGCCCGUCACGGCUCAGGAGCGCCAGCGUGAGCGAGAGGAGAAGAGGAAGAAAAGGCAGGAGCGGGCGAGGGAAAGAGAGAGGAAACUUAAAGAGAAGGAGCGGCGAGAAGGCAGGCGGGGGGACUCGCUGGGCGGGGUUCUACUGAGUGACAACGACAAAAGCCUCUUACAGCGCUGGACAAAGAUGAUGGACGGCCGCAGUGACGGAGGGAAGAAUAAGGACUGUAAUGUGAAUCAUGCUGUUGGGUGUGAAAACGCUGAAGGAUUGCCCAACAGUAAAGCAGACAAGGAUGCGACUAAGUUUUUAUCUCAUGAGCAGCUAAUCUCUCAACUUGGAGCGAGUCAGGCCACAUUGGUUCAUCCUCCCAGCAAAAACCAGCACUUACUUUUCUCAAUGAGCCAGCGGAAACCAGCAGAUAUUGUUGUUGCUGUAAGCGGCUGUGCAGACCUCAUGGCCUCCACCGGUGGCUUUGUUAAGAACAACGUGCUCAAACCUCACGACAAGAGCAGCAACCCGAGCGCCUUCAACUGUUUGGGUAAUUGGAGCGGACAGCAAUUAGAGACAAGGCCGUCACAACACGCAAAGGCACACAGGACACCGCCUCAGCCGCAACAGAACUUUCUCCAAAGUCAAGCGCUAUCCAACUCGCAGACGCAACUGCUACCCCUGGAGAGUUUUUUAACCAAGGGCCAGACUACAAUAAGCACCAGCGAUACCAACGGCCACAAUCACCUCAACCAUCACGUCACAACCUCAGCUGCUAACGGUGGACCAAUGGAGAAACUGUGCUCCUCAGUAGGGGAGAAAGCAGGGCCACAGACCACCAACGCCCUCUGUGGGCCCUUAGGGGUGCCCUCGCAGGCUCAUACCAGUUUGGGAUUCACAGAUACAGGGCAGCAAGGCCCCUCCAUCGCUCCUGACAUCCACACAGUAACCCUACAGCUCUCCAAGUCUCAGGUCGAGGACGUGUUGCCUCCAGUCUUCUCCGUCACCCCUAAAGGCAGCGGGGCCGGCUAUGGUGUGGGCUUCGACUUGGACGAUCUUCUCACCCAGUCGCUCACAGAGCUGCAACACUGCGACCGUGACAGUUACGAUUCAGCUCCGCUUUCGGCCUCCCUCUUAUCUGAUUGGAGCGAAGUUCACCGCAUGACUCCGGCCGACCUGGAAUCACUGCAGCAGGAGCUCCAGCUCGGUUCUCCCAUGAUCCUCUCUGAUUCUAUUCCGCCUGACGCCUGACUGAAUUUUUCCUUAGAUUUAAUUAAUUUAUAAGUAGUUCUUGUAAACUGCAUUACUGAGCUGUUGAUUUUCACUUUGAUGCCAUCUUGAAUUGUAAAAAAAAAAAAAAAAAAAAUCUACCUUUUGUCAGCCUGUGAAUGUUAACACACUAGUAAAAUUUGACUUUAUACCAUCUAUACAGGGUGUUUUAUUUUAAGAGGGGAACAUUCCAAGUCUGUUUUAUUGGCCAUGUUAACACAAUGAAACACUGAAAUUACCAAGGAGAAUGGUGAUGCUAAAUAUACAUUAAAAAAAAGGGUUAGGACAGUUAUGAAACUUAAGCUCCCGUUUACUUGGUCACAUACAAAAAGCAUACAUGUAUUUAAGAUAUUCUUGCUCUACGUUGGCUUGGCUUUAGUGUUGUAACUAAAAGGUGAAGAAUAAGAUUCUGUUUGGGCACGCCUGCCUUGAGCCUUUGUGAUGGGAAUUGAUGUAAGGAC